AUGACAGAAACCACUGAGAACUCGACCAAGCAACUGCUCGACGACGUAUAUCGCGAUGAGUCGCGGCGCGUUUACGCCACGCUUGUGCGCCUGCUCAACAACUUCGAUCUUGCUGAAGAAGCAAUGCACGAGGCGUUCGCGACGGCCGCUGAAAAGUGGCCAAAGGACGGAGUUCCGGAGAAUCCUCGUGCAUGGCUUGUCUCCACAGGACGAUUCAAGGCGAUCGACAUCAUCCGCCGCCAAAGCCGUCUGAACGAAAUGCAGCAGGAGGUUGCCGCCCGUGUUGAGCAGAUCGAAGCUGCCAAUGCGGCCCGUGCUGGCGAAAGUAUUGAAGACGACACACUGCGACUGAUCUUCACGUGCUGCCACCCUGCAAUCUCGGUGAGCGUGCAGGUGCCGUUAACCUUGCGAGAAGUUUGUGGUUUAACGACGGAGGAGAUCGCGAGUGCCUUCUUGACUACUUCUUCAACGAUGGCCCAACGCAUCGUUCGCGGUAAGGCGAAGAUCCGCGAUGCGAAGAUUCCGUUUGUGAUUCCCUCGCUGCCCGACUUGCCCGAGCGUUUGGAUGCGGUGCUUUCGGUAAUCUACCUGGUUUUCAACGAAGGCUAUUCCGCAUCAACCGGUUCGUCGCUAACGCGGGCUGAUCUUUCAGGCGAAGCAAUUCGACUGUGCCGCUUGGUGCUCGAGCUGUUACCCGACUCGGAAGUGAUGGGUUUGCUGGCGUUGAUGCUCCUUCACGAAUCUCGAAGGACGGCGCGAGUGGCGGCCAAUGGUGACCUCAUCCUGUUGGAGGAUCAGGACCGGACGCAGUGGGAUAGGGGAUUGAUCCGCGAAGGCAAGCAGCUUGUCGAACGUUCGCUGGCUUCACGACGGAUAGGUGGAUACACCCUUCAGGCGGCGAUUUCAGCGGUUCACGCCGAGGCGGCUUCCACAGCCGAAACCGACUGGGCCCAGAUUGUCGCUUUGUACGACGUGCUGCUACGGGCGGAGCCAUCGCCGGUGGUCGAGUUGAAUCGGGCCGUGGCGGUGGCGAUGCGGGAUGGACCCGAGGCCGGGCUCGCGGCGGUGGACGCGAUUCUCGCCCGCGGCGAUCUGGUCGAUUAUCACUUGGCCCAUGCCGCUCGGGCCGACUUCUGCCGCCGGCUGGGCAGAACUUCCGACGCACGAACAUCUUACGAACGGGCCAUGCAGUUCGCCAAGCAGGAGCCCGAGCGCCGGUUCCUGGCCAGAUUCAUUGAGGAGCACAAGCUGGAAAGUUUGCCAGAAGACGAAGCUCAGCGGCUGAUGGAGGAGUGCUUUGCUUACGACGACGAGCUGCGGCGGGGCGGGCACUUUCUCGGUGGCGAGGCCCUGCAGGGGGCCCGAAACGCGGUGACGCUACGCUCUUUCAACGGUGAAGUCACCGUGACCGACGGGCCAUACGCCGAGACCAAAGAAAUGCUAGGCGGCAUCUUGCUGUUGGAAGCCCGGGAUCUGAAUCACGCGGUUGCACUGAUGUCGAAGCACCCGGGGGUGAAGCUGGGGCCGUUUGAGAUCCGCCCGGCUGACGAGGAAGUGAACGCUUUGAUCGCCGCCCGCGACGAUGAAGCCGAAAUCCGGGCGGUGAUUUCAGCCUGGUCGAAGGCUGUAGAAACCCGCGACCUGGACGCUCUCGAAGCGGCUUACGCUCCGGAAGCUGUGCUGUUCGACGCGAUGCCGCCUUACAAGACGCAGGGCGCGGCCAACAUCCGCAAGGUUUGGGAAAUGUGCUUUCCAUACUUUCCCGAGAAGUUCACCUCAGAGCAUCGGGACAUAGUAAUCAAUGUCGAUGGUGAUCUCGCGUUUGUGCAUUGCGUGCAUCACUUUAUUCCCACACCCGCGGAUCAUCCUUGUGGGACAACCUGGAUGCGAGUUACCGCGUGCUAUCGCCGCAUCGACGGAGUGUGGAAAGCGGUUCACGAGCACGUGUCGAUUCCCUUUAACCCGAUGACCAACGAAGCAUUUUUUAUUGCCGACCCUGCUGUGCUCGAAACCCCGGACUAUGGGGCGGCAGAAGAACGAAGUGCCUGCAUGGAGAAAUCGACCGACAUUUGCCAUGAACUGGCCGCCGAGGGGAAGUUCAUCGCUUCCUCCCCACUUCAUCCCGUGGCGACAGCCACGAGCGUGCGGGUUCGUGACGGGAAGCGACAGAUCACCGAUGGCCCCUACGCAGAGACGACGGAGCAACUAGGUGGCUAUUACAUUGUCGACGUCGAGGAUCUCGAUGAGGCCAUCGCCAUUGCCAGCCGGUUGCCACCGGUAUCGGUGGGCACGGUUGAGAUUCGCCCCAUCUUCGAGGUGUCCAACCUGCCAGUGGUCGGUCAGACGGCGAAGGGGCUUCCUCAACUCAGCCCCCACCUGGUAUGCGAUGGGGCUGGCCGGGCGAUGGACUUUUACAAGGAAGCUUUCGCCGCCGAAGAAAUGAUGCGGAUGCCGGGGCCCGACGGCAAGCUGAUGCACGGCGCGAUGCGGAUUGACGAAUCGAUGGUGAUGCUGGUCGAUGAGAACCCCGAGUACGGAAUGAAGGGCCCCAAUCUGCUUGGUGGAACUCCGGUCACGCUGCACCUGAACGUUGAAGACGUCGAUGUGUUUGUCGAGCGAGCAGUGAAGGCGGGGGCCAAAGUUGUGAUGCCAAUCGACGAUAUGUUUUGGGGCGAUCGCUAUGGAAUCGUCGAAGAUCCGUUCGGUCACAACUGGUCGAUUGCCACGCAUGCUCGCGACGUUAGCGAGGAAGAACUCCGGGAAGCGGUCAACAACAUGGGCCCUGAUGAGCAUUGUGGGAACACGGCGACUUGUGUACGCGUUCGCGACGGAAAGCAAAUCGUCUCGGACGGACCCUUCCCCGAGACAAAGGAACAACUGGGCGGUUACUUCCUCAUCGACGUCGAGAACCUGGAUGAAGCCAUCGCUGUGGCCGCCAAGAUACCGGGAGCCCGACGGGGCACGGCAGAGAGUGACGCGGUGGCAGGAUCGAAAAAAUUACGAAUCACGGGUUGGGUGCUCAGCGUUCUCAUUGCCUUGUUUCUCGUCGGGGCCAGCGCGAGUGGAAAAUUCCUCGACUGGGAAGGCAAGGAAGAGAUGUUUGAGAAGAUGGGUUUUACCACUGAACUGAUGACGAAGAUCGGAGUUGUUGAGGUCAUCAUCGCGAUCUUGUUGGUAGUGCCUCGCGCCGGAUUUCUGGCCGCCAUUUUGCUCACUGGGUACUUGGGCGGUGCCACAGUCACUCAUGUUCGCGUGGGAGAGCCUUUUUUCUUUCCGGUGUUGAUGGGGGUUCUGGUAUGGCUGGCCAUGGGAUUCCGGAUGCCGGAGAUUUUCAGCCUGGCCAUCGGCCGCUCGACAACUGAGAUGAAGUGCUAUACACCAUUGUUCGCCGUGUGCCUGGUGGCCCUGUGCUGCGCAAACUCUAACGCUCAAGAACCUGCGGAAUUCCCUGCACCCGAGAAAGAACACCAAUGGCUGGAACAGUUCGUUGGUAAGUGGGAAGCAACUUCGGAGUGUCCGAUGGGGCCCGAUCAGCCGCCGAUGAAAAGUGCAGGCUCGAUGACCUCCCGCAUGCUGGGUGGCUUUUGGGUUAUCUCAGAAGUUAGCUACGAGACUGAAGGAUCAACGAUGAAUGCGAUUCAAACCAUUGGCUACGAUCCUGCGAAGAAGAAAUACGUCGGUACCUGGGUUGAUUCGGCUACCAGCCAUAUGUGGAACUAUGAGGGAACGGUCGACGAAUCUGGAAAAGUACUGGCUCUCGAGGCGGAAGGUCCCAACUUCAUGGCCGACGGCAAGAUGACCACGUUUCGUGACGCGUAUGAGUUUAAAUCGCCCGACCUGAUCAUUUCCACCUCUUCUAUUCUGAUGGACGAUGGCAAAUGGUUCCCUUUCAUGGCUGGCGAGAUGCGACGGGUGAAGUAG